CUUUUGCCGAUGCAGAGCCAGAACUCUAUGAGCAACCGGAAACUGUAGACAUCACAGGCGAAAUCACUGGAAACCCUUUCAACCACGUCAUAAAUGGUCAAAAAAAUACGAUAAAACUCACUUUUGACAACAAAGGGGAAUCCAAUUAUACCGUCAAGCUGGUCGGUGGUGUUUUGGUGGACAAAGACAGACCAAAUGAUAUCUAUCGAAAUCUUACGUCUUACCAAUAUUCCACCCCCGCCCCCGCGAUGGAUCACGUCGAAGUCAAAUAUACCUUUUAUUCCGAAUUUCCGACGCAAGACUUGGGUCUUAUUCUUUUUGUCUUCUUUGUUGACGAGGAGAAGCGCCAAUUUAGAGGCGUUGGAUUUAAUGAAACAGUCACCGUUGUCGAACCUGAACAGUCCUUAUUUGAUUUACAAGUCCUUUUCUUGUAUCUUAUCCUUUCUGCAAUUUUUUUCGGUAUUGGAUAUCUGAUUUUCCAGGCGUUCUUUGGUGGAGCGAGAUCCAAGAAAGGAAAAAGACGACCUCCUGUUAGCAGACCCGAAGAUUCAACUACUGGUACAAGUUCAUCGUCAGACGUGAAAUAUGAUGAAAGCUGGAUUCCCGAGCAUCAUUUGAGACCCAAUUCGGGUAGAAAUAACUCGCGCAUCAAAAAGAAGACUGAAAAGGUUGAAAAAGUUGAACCCAAAAAAGACGAAUAA